AUGGCUGAAAAAUCGGCCAGAACUGAUCAAUUCACAGUUUGGGCGAGGGAGAAAAGAGCUAUGUUUAUACCAGAAAAAGGACUGUUAUGGAGGGUGAAAAAUUCAAACCGAAUGGCUGAGAAUGCGAAUCGACAAAUCCUUGCAACGGGUUAUCUGACAAUGGUCAAACGCAAGGACGUGCUAAGUAAUUUAGGCCCAGUUAUACUUGAAAUUCUGUUCCGUGAGAAUCCAUUGGGUCAAUUGGUUGCUGCUUUAAAAGAAUUCAGCGCAGAAACGGUUCGGGAAUUUCUUUCCAAUUUACGCUUUCUUCUAGUGAGCGAAUCGGAUGCAGAAAUUUCAGAUAUAACAUUUUUAUUAUCACAUUCACCUUUGCUGAUAGCAUUUUCCUACAGAACUCAACGGAGAGGUAUUAGCGAUGAAAAAUUUGAAGGUUUAUUCCCAGCGCUAUCAAAUACAGAGAUUCGCUUAAUUGAUUUAAAUGGAUGUUGUCCGAAUAAGGAACUUGAAUUGGUUAUUAAAAAUUUGAAUGUAGGAUUGGUUCGAUUUCACAGAGAUCCUGGCAUAAAUGUUAGUUUUCUUUGUGCACAGAUAGAAACAUUUGAGAAUACGAAAUUGUUGAAUUCGGCAGUUGAAUUUAUUGUUGCACAAGGCAUACAUCCCGGCAUUGAAAAUAGUGGGAUAAGAUUUUUGAGACAUUUAAAGAACGUUUUCCCGGCUAUGAAAAAUAUUUUCUGGGAUUGGAGUGUGAUGAUGCCAACCUUAUCACAAGUGAAUGAUGAGGUCAUAGAUUGUCUGAAUGAAUUUUCACGAUUAUAUAAGGAAAUGGGAAUGAAUUUACUAUCAAUUCUUUUCUUCAUGUCAAGCGAAGGAAGUGAAGAAAUAAUGGAUGAAAUUUGGAAACAUUUGGAAACAUUUAAUUUGCCAAAUGCUAGGAUGAGGAGAGUGAUACGGGAUGAUAAGCCACAUCACUGCCCACCUUAUAUGUUCUUUAUGGCCGGAACAUCCGAAAAAAUCAACCGUUUGGAAAAGAUUGUUUGCGAGGAGCGAAUAGUUGAACCUGACCUACGACAUUUUAUUUAUAUUCAAAAUCGAACGAUAGACAUUUACAACAGUGAAAACAUUUAUGAAUUUAUGGGAUUUGAUUUUAAAAUUGAUGGUUGA